AUGGAGCUCCUUAUCCUUGCCCAGCUCUUCUUGGCUUGGGCUCUCGCCAGCCCUACUCACCCCACGAAACCUGAUUGUGCAGAGUUGGCUAAUGCCUGGACUAAUCCCGCCGUCGAUAUCUCUCAGGCCAUCGAAGUACCACCUAAUAGCCUUAAUAUCUCAUCUAUCGUGAACGAGGUUUCCCUCUGCUGGGUGCGAGGGACCAUAAAAUACAGCGCGAAAAACGACAAACUUGACGCCUCAGGAAACAACACGCUCACUUGGGAGCUUUUCCUUCCAGACUCGGCUAAAUACAAUGGAAGAUAUCUGAUGAUAGGUGACGGCGGAUUUGCCGGGACGAUUGAGAAUAACACUAUGUUGACCUAUCUGAAUCUGGGAUACGCUGUGGCCGGUUCAGACGCAGGUCAUUCAGAGGCAGCCAAUGGAGAUGGAACAGACGUCCCGUUUCUUCGCAAUUCGGCGGAGUUGCAGGCCUGGAUACACAAUUCUGUUGCCAUCGCUACACCAGUUACUCAGUCACUUGUUGCGAAAUACUAUUCACAGCAUCCAGAUUUUAGUUACUAUUGGGGAUGCUCGACAGGGGGCGCCCAAGGAUACGCCUUGGCCCAGUAUCACCCAGAGCUUUUCGACGGUAUAUAUGCUGGAAGUCCUGGCAAUUGGUACAGCCACCUCAUCCUAAGCUUUCUUUGGAAUGGAUUACACACCACGGGAAAAGCAUACAUGAGUCAACAAGUUUUGUCAUUUGUUACGAAAAAUGUUAUUGAAGCAUGCGACGAGCUAGAUGGAGUCAAGGACGGACUUAUCGAGAACCCAUUACGCUGCUCCUUUAAUGUUACGUCGCUUCAGUGCAAAUUUGGGCAAACGCCAGACGAUAACGAACCAACCUGCCUGACAGCGGAUCAGAUCAAAGCGUUGCAGGAAAUUUAUGCAGGUCCCAAGGAUAUUCGCACUGGGAAAGAGAUAUACCCCGGAUUCAGCCUGGGGUCAGAGAACGGCUUACUUGGCCAAGAAUUGAUCCUUUACUUGGACUACACAGGUCCAAUUCUGAGAGAAGUAGCCUUUAAAGAUUCAAGCUUCAAUAUAUUCCAAUUUAACUGGGGAUCGGACGUCGAUGCCGUGAAUCAAAAGGUAUCGCCAUUCAUAGACGCUCUGUCAUCCGACCUUUCACGUUUUCAACAACGAGGCAGCAAGAUAAUCACUACACAGGGCUGGUCUGACCAGUACAAUGCCGCCCUGUGGCCCCUCCAGCAUCUGCAGGAAAUUCAACGGACUAUGAAAAGUCAGUCUGAUUUUAUUGAAGUAUUCAUGGUUCCUGGUGGCGGACACUGCGGUUCUAACCCUUCUUACCCGCAUGUGCCAGCUGUAUAUCAUGUUUUGGAGGCGCUUGUUCCUUGGGUAGAAAAAGGUAUAAAGCCAUCCGACAUGCUCAGUUCGGAGUCUCCGGAUGGUACCAACACUACGAGGAAGCUCUGCCCAUGGCCUGCGACUGCCAAAUUUGUGGCUGGUAAUAUCGACAACUGGAAUUCAUACACUUGUGUUUACCCACAAACUCCCAUCCCAGCUUCACAAAUAGCGUAUUCAUCAUACCAUGAAUACGGAACCAGUAUACCUCUACCAGGGACAGUAGACUCCUGUGGUGGGCGCCAACUGAUCACAAAUAUCACGGCAAAUUUCUGCCGCGUCGUUCUUGACACCACUAUAAGUAACAGCAGCAGCGAGCAUAUUGAGUCAUGGCUACCGGACACUUGGAGUGACCGGGCUAGCUACAGGAAACGGCGGUAUUGGAGGAUGUAUUGA